UAAUCUGUACAGCAAUUUAUAACAGGUCUCAGUUUCAGAAGAUGAUAUUUAGCCUUUGUACUUUAGAAAAAGAAGAUGCAUAGAUAUUAUUUGAAAUGAGAAGAAGUCAGGCACCUAGCCAGAGGCUUACAGUACCUGUUUCAUUCCCCCGACAAGUACAAGAGCAAAUUAAACCUGUGGUGAAGAGAGCUCGCUAUGAAGAUGACAGUGAAAGGGAUGAAAGGCAACCCUUGUCAACUAUCACCAACAUGCCUUCAAUCAAAUACCCAGAUGCAAGGGCUCAUGAGGAAUUUAUCAGGAAGAUAUUGUCCAAGCCAUUUAAGAUCCCUAUACCUAAUUACAAAGGAGCACUUGCUGGUAGAGCACUUGGGAUUAGACGACAAGGUACAAGGCAGUCUCUUCAUGAUCCCAAUGAAGAAGGGGCAUUAAUUCUCUACUCCCCUCCUGAGUUGUCUGCCCAUGAACAAUUGAAGGCUGAUUUGGACAAACAGCCAGUACAUGUGGUGGUGGAUCCAGUUUUAUCCAAAGUCCUGAGGCCUCAUCAGAGGGAGGGUGUAAAGUUCAUGUAUGACUGUGUCACAGGCCAAAGGAUUCCAGACAACUUUGGUUGUAUUAUGGCAGAUGAAAUGGGAUUGGGCAAAACUCUACAAUGUAUAACUCUGAUGUGGACACUUUUGAGACAGAGCCCUGACUGUUGUCCACUCAUUGAUAAAGUGGUAGUGGUCACCCCAAGUAGUCUGGUCAAGAACUGGUACAAUGAAGUUCAGAAAUGGUUAGGAGGAAAAAUCAACUGUUUAGCCAUUGAUUCUGGAGUUAAAAGUGAAAUAGAUAGGCAACUGAAUCAAUUUAUGCAGCUUCAGGGAAAAAGAAAUCCUCAUCCAAUUUUAUUCAUUUCCUAUGAAACCUUUCGUCUUCACAGUGCAGUGAUGCACAAGGGAAAUGUUGGCCUAGUCAUUUGUGAUGAGGGACACAGACUGAAGAACUCCGAGAACCAGACCUACCAGGCCCUGAAUGGACUGAAGGCCAGGAGGCGUGUCUUGUUGUCAGGGACACCCAUACAGAAUGAUUUAUUGGAGUACUUUAGUCUGGUUCACUUUGUCAAUGGAGGAAUUUUAGGUACUGCCCAGGAGUUUAAGAGGCGUUUUGAGACCCCAAUCCUUAGAGGGAGAGAUGCAGACGCAAGUGACGAGGUCCAUAAAAAGGGCCAAGAAAAGUUACAGGAAUUGGCAGACAUUGUGAACAAGUGCAUCAUUAGAAGAACACAAGCUCUCCUGACCAGAUACUUGCCAGUGAAAGUCGAACAGAUAGUAUGCUGCCGUUUGACACAGAUGCAGUCUGAGUUAUAUAAACUCUUGGUUAGAUCUAAAUGUUUGGAGGUGGAACAAGAAGAGAAAUCUACAUCCAGCACUCUGGCAUUCAUUACACAGCUGAAAAAACUCUGUAAUCACCCAGACCUUAUUUAUGACAAAUGCCUUGAGAAUGCCCCUGGCUAUGAGGGGACUCUGGAGCUUUUCCCUCCAAAACAUACAACCAAAGUUGUGAGGCCAGAACUCUCUGGUAAAGUGCUUGUACUUGACCGCUUGCUGGCCCUGAUAAAAGCCCAGACGAGUGACAAAGUGGUUCUUGUUUCUAAUUACACCCAGACUCUGGACUUGUUUGAAACUCUUUGUCAUCAAAGAAGGUAUCUGUAUGUACGUCUUGAUGGAUCAAUGACCAUCAAGAAAAGAGCAAAGGUUGUAGAGCAGUUCAACAAUCCGUCCUCACCAGAGUUCAUAUUCAUGCUGAGCAGCAAAGCUGGUGGGUGUGGUUUAAAUCUGAUUGGAGCCAACCGUUUAGUGAUGUUUGAUCCUGACUGGAAUCCAGCCAAUGAUGAACAAGCAAUGGCUAGGUGUUGGAGAGAUGGACAGAAGAAGCAGUGUUACAUAUAUAGACUCAUUGCUACUGGAACAAUAGAGGAGAAGAUUUUCCAGCGUCAGACACACAAGAAAGCCUUGAGUAGCUGUGUAGUGGACAAAGAAGAGGAUGUGGAGAGACAUUUUAGUCGGGAGCAACUACGAGACUUGUUCCGGCUCAAUGAAGACACCAUCAGUGAUACUCAUGAAAAGUUCAAGUGCAAGAGGUGUGUGAAUAACAUUGAAGUGCGAGGCCCACCAGAGGGCAGUGAUACAAAUUCAGACUUGUCUCAAUGGCAUCACUCAGCUGAUAAAAAAGGACUAGUGGAUGUGGUCCUUAAAGGGGCAUGGGACGAAACAAUCUCAUUCACAUUUCACCACAAAUCUCAUGAGGAGCAACGAAAAACAGUAUGACCAUUUCUUGUUUUAAAAGUUUAAAAGUGUAUUUUAAAAGAUUAUAGAGCUGUGAAGGGAGACGUUACAUUGGAAAAGAAAACAUGAACAAGAAGGAAUUUCAGUGGAUGGGGAUAAAGUCUGUGUCUUAUUUUACCAGUAUUAGCUAGAAGGAAUGUUCAUUUUAUAUUGUUUGAAAGAAAAGGAAUUGGUUUUGGUGAGAUUAUUAAAUAUAAACAGAGAGUUCAGAUUCAAAAUCAUCAAGAGAUAUGGUGAACUAGAAAUAUGCACCAAACAUGAAAAGAAACUGUGAAGUGAAUUUUAAUAGGUAGAUGUAUUCAAUAAAU